GUUUACUUAGUAGGUCAUAUGCCUCCUGGAUCUGACGAAAGACAAAGAGCUAUGAUGCAUCAAGCUCAUUUCGCCUACUCAGAGCAUCACAACAAGAGAUACCUGAAAUUAGUUCGAAAGUACGCCGACAUCAUCGUAGGUCAAUUCUUCGGGCAUCUUCACUCCGAUUCCUUCAGGGUCAUCUACAACGAGCACGGUCGACCCGUUUCGUGGGCGAUGCUCGCACCCGCAGUCACACCUAGGAGGACAACAGAUGGCGCCAACAAUCCGGGACUCAGAUUGUACAAGUUCGAUAAGGACUCCGGUCAGGUUUUGGAUUAUACACAGUACUACUUGGAUCUACCCUUGGCAAACACGAAUACCAAAACCGAUCCGGAAUGGAUGGUGGAGUACAAUUUCAGCUCUUACUACGGCAUAUCCAACAUCACACCACUUUCCUUGCACAAUUUGGCUGAGAAACUAACGCAGUCCACUCCGACCGAGAACCCCAGCUUUAAUAGAUACUAUCGUGCGAACAGCGUCAGGAUGUACAGCGGCGGCGUCGGCGGAUGCGACAGCAACUGCGCCCAUACCCAUUACUGCGCCAUCACCAGAGUCGACUACGAAGAGUACGACCACUGCGUGAAGACAGCGGCGAGCGCUCUCGCCUCUUCCUCAUCCGCUGACCAAUCGCAGCAGCCGACGUCCUUCGUCCUCAUCCUGCCCAUCAUCGCGAUCAUCGCGAUCAACCGUGUGUGAUAAUUUUAUACCAACAAAACAAAA